AUAUAUAGAUUGUGAUGUAAUGAAUUGAUGUCACUUAAAAAUCUAAUAAAGAUCCCCCACAACCCAAGAAGACUUUGAAAAGUAGUUUUAUACUCCCUCAUAAUACCCCUAACAAAAAAACCUCCUCCUUUCCUUCAUCACUUAAUUAUUCCUUCAAUUAUUUCUUCAUACAUUUAAUUUUAAUUCUUGCAAGCUUGAAACUCCAUAAAAAUGGUGAUUAGAAGAACAAACUCAUCAUCAUCAACGUCGGCAUCGACAUCGCCAUCGACAUCCUCAACUUCUAGAAGCUUCUCAAACACAAAAGUUUUAGCCAUAGAAUGUAUAAGAGGAACUUCUAGAGCUGAUGAAUGGAGUGGAGAUUUGCUACAAACUGGUGAUAUUGUUGAAGAGAUUCAAGUUGGUGGUUUGAUAUUAAGAUCACCUUUUAAUGAUGGCUAUUCUGGGGUUCAAAAACAACUUCAUGUUUGUUUUAAGAGUAAACUUACUGCUAUCCGAGUUAGAGUUAGAAGAGGUGAGUUUGACUCCGCUGAGUUGACUGGGUGUAUUGUUCCUGAAGGCAAGAAGAAAAGAUAUGUGUUGAGAGCCAUUGAUGAUCCUAAUUAUGCUGUUGCCUUUUUUGAUCGUACGGAGGCUGAAUGCUUGCAACUUCAAGCUUCGAGGGACUCAAGGUUACAGCAUGCAUUAAACAGUACACAAAUACAAGAUGGUUAUGUAGCGUAUCCAUGGGAAAGAAAGAUGCAAACAAUGCUACAAGUUCCAAAUUCUACCUGCUUUUUUUCAAUUCUUUUCCUCCCUAAAACUUCACAAACCGGUUUUAAUGAUGUUGAAGACACUCUUGCUAGAGCUAAUGCUUGGCUUAAUGCUUCUCAAGCUUCAGGAGUUUCUAUUGUCCUUACAAAUAUACAAACUGAAUCCAUACUUACCAAGAUAUCUGGUGAAACGGCUUCAUCGACAGUAAGCGCAUCAUCAUUAUCAGAUUUUCCAAAUUUGGCAAAUGCAAGUCUGUAUGGAUUUGAAGAUUACCACGGUGUUGAUAUUGGUGUUGUGAGAGCAGUCCGGCUUUGGUAUUCUCCCAUUCAAGAGUAUCCAAUUGAGAUUAACAUUGAAGAGGGCGAUGUUAAACUUGGUUUUGCUGUUAGUCGUACUGAAGAGGGAUUUAUAUACAUAUCAUCAGUUCUAGAAGGUGAUUGGAAUGUACCAUCUGCAAGAUCAGGCCUAAAUGAGCUAUACAAAGAUGCUACAAGAGAAUCUAAACUCUUAGUAAUCUCCCGAGUAAACAACCAAAAAGUCCUUCCUUGGAUAGUUUCACCCACAAGUGCCAUACAAUGUUUUGACACAGUUUCUCUUAGUCAGAAACUCUCUUUGCACAGGCAUGCUCAAGCACCCCUGCUGUUUCAUCUCUUGAUGCAACAAGACUCGUCUUUCGGUCCUACACGACGACAAAAUGAUCGUCCUAUUCCGUGUGCUAUGCCAUCAAAUCAAACGAAACAAAAUUACGCCCUUUCGACAGCCACAGUCUUCAAUGACGCGGAUUUUAAUGGUGAUCAGAUUCAUCAGCUAGGGCUUGCAAGAGACACUGCAGGGGAAGAUUCGUUUAGAUUUCAUAAUUUUGCGUUGCCUGAUAAUUGGGUUUGAACGGUGUAACAUAAUUUAUAAAUUCGCGAUUCACUCGAAAUGACUCUAAAAUAUUCCAAAAUCGGCUAUAUUUCGCUCUUUUUGAUUCGCGAUUCACAAGGUGAUAAUGAAUUUGAAAGUCAACCACUAUAUGUUGUGUUAGUGAAUAAUAGUGAUCUGAACGUGUCAAAUUGUUGGUAUAGUUAAUACAAACAUGUACCAGCAAAUUAUGUUGCAGUUUGUAUAUAUUGAAUGAGAGUUAGUGUGAUGUUCGUAAUACACUGAUUUACUUUUUGGCGC